UCUUUGCUUGAAUUUCACGACACCUUCCAACCUCCUCUCUUUCUCUCUCAUCUCCCUCUCUCUCUCCUCACACCUCUUUAAUACGCCGUUUCCGCCGCACACACUCUUUCAAAGCUUCAAUUAUCCCAACAUAUAUUAUCUCGCUCCAAAAAUUCAUGCUCCAAUUGCCCUAAUUCUCAUCAUGAAAUCCCCCUCGCAGCUCCGCCUGAUUCUCCUCCUCCAAUCCCUAAUCCUCCUCCUCAGCUCCGCCGGAGCUCAGCCGCCGCCGGGGAGCAGCAAUGAGAACCAGUUGAACUACGCCAAGUUCAGCCCCUCGAUGGCGAUCAUCAUCGUCGUGCUCAUCGCGGCGCUCUUCUUCAUGGGGUUCUUCUCGAUCUACAUCCGCCACUGCACCGAAUCCGGCGGCAGCGCCGCCAGCGUCCGCCGCGCCCUCUCCAUGCGCGGCCGCCGCGCCGCCGCCGCGCGCGGCCUCGACUCCGCCGUGAUCGAGACCUUCCCGACCUUCACCUACGCGGAGGUGAAGGACCACAAGAUCGGCAAGAGCGCGCUCGAGUGCGCCGUCUGCCUCAACGAGUUCGAGGACCACGAAACGCUGCGUUUGAUACCGAAAUGCGACCACGUCUUCCACCCCGAGUGCGUCGACGUCUGGCUCGAGUCGCACACCACCUGCCCGGUCUGCCGCGCCAAUCUGGUCCCGCAGGCCGGGGACGAACCGGUUCAGCCCUCGGAGCCGCCGCCCGCGGCGGCGGACAAUCAGAGUUGUGACUCGAGAACCGGCGAAAUCGCGGUCCAAAUCGAUGAUAACCAGCGGAACGAACCGGACCGGACCCCGGGCUUUGAUUUCCCGAACCGGCCCCCGAGGUCGUGGUCGGUCCGAACCUCGACCGUAGUCAGCUUGGAAAAGUUUAGGUCGCACUCGACCGGGCACUCAUUGGUUCGACCGGGCGAGAAUCUCGAACGGUUCACUUUAAGACUACCCAACGUGGUCAGAAAGGAGAUGAUGGACCGGGCCGUUUUGAACCGGACCGGGAGCUGCGCGGCGACACUGCCUAGGGAGAGGAGUUCGCGGAGGGGUUUACGAACCGGCGAGGGAAGCAGCCGGUGGGGUUUUUUCUCGAGAGGGUUGUCGGUGAAGUCGACCAAGGUGGUGGCGGAGGCCGGGGAGACUAGCGGGAGCAGCGGGCCACCGAUGAAACUCCCUUCGUUCAAGUGUUUGGAGCCGAAGACCGACGACGAAACCGGUCUGAUGUCGGAAAACCGGAAUAAUUCUUCGGUUUAAACGGUCGGCCGGGUCGAACGGGACAUGUAUCAUUGUAUAUGUUUUCUUGUACACAAUAUUUGGCCCGUAAAAAUUGAAUUUUUCGAGGUGGCUUAACAAUGUUAGUCACCAAUUCUUUUUCAA